UCUCUGGAACCCUAGGCCUUUGCAUCAACCAAGGAUGUUUAAGCUGCUGUGUUGCCUAGCUCUGAUCUCUUUAGCCGUGAGUGAUGACUACUAUGGCUCCUACUACGGCAAAGGCAAAGGCUAUGGCUAUAGUCCGUUCUUCCGUGGAGGAUAUUUAGGAUCUUACUAUGGAGGUCCAGGAUUCAUAGGAAAUUACUAUGGAGGUAAAGGAUUUGGUGGCAGAGGAUUUAGAGGAGGUUACUAUGGCGGCUGGGGAUAUGGAGGAUUAAGAGGAGGUUACUAUGGUGGCUGGGGAUAUGGAGGAUUAAGAGGAGGUUACUAUGGCGGCAAGGGAUAUGGAUAUGGUGGCAAAAAAUACGGGGGCUAUUAUUAAAGCUUGAGAAAAUGUAUUUAUAAAAAGUACUGUUAUACCUUGAUGAUAAAAUAAAUGAUAAAUAACAA